CCAGGCCGGAAGUGGGAAUCCCCAGUACGGCUUCUCUUUCCAUGAGUCGUGCGCGGAGACGCUAGGAAGAUGUUGGGCUUUAGAGGGCGAGGUGCGAGGCUCCUGGUCCGGUGGAGCAAUGGAUCCUCGGCACCACAGAGAGGUAUUUCCCUUCUAGGUCCGCCUGGCCCAGCGCUUAGGCUGUGUGGAUUUACUCGGGAGUAAGACCCAGGGCAUCCAGUCGGGCUUGUUUCUGCGUGUUGCCCUGCGUCCUGUUCCCACGAUCCGUUUUUCAACAGCGCACCCUCAGGUUGUUGUGUUUUUGAAGUGCUGUCCUAAAAAGGAAAAGGAAAAGAGGCGAUAGGAGCACAGGGAGCUGCCUUGCACAGAGUCAGGCCAUGUAGUUCAGUGUUGCCUACACUGGCUGGCAGCUGCUCCCCAGGAUCUCAGAAAGGGGUCUUUUCCCAGCCCAACCUAUGAGCCUCCUUCAUGCAAAGCAAAUGAGCUAUGACCCUUCCCCGAAAUACUUGGAUUUGGAAACGUGUGUGCCUUGCACAUUUGCUUUUAUCGUGUUUUGUUUGUGUUUUUCUCUUGUAUUUUUUAUGCUGUGAACCGCCCCUGAGAUCUGCAGUUGAAGGGCGGUAUACUAAUUUUUAAAAUAAUAAUACUACGGUUGUCGGAAAGCUGCAGCUAUUAAUCGGAUACGUGCUUCCCUGUUUACACCACUGCUGUUUCCUUCUCUCCAUUUUGCUGUGCUGUGUCUAAUAUUAUAUCGUAAGCUGCUUGGGGCAGGGGCUUGGCUAAAGUGCUAUGCAGCUGCAGGUCAGCUGACGCCGACCCAGGACUCCCCACAUCACUACCAUUUUGCUCAGUAUUUAUCCAGAGGCCACUACCUCUGGCCCUGACCCCAUGAGCCAUCACUGCAUAGACUUUUUCAGCAGGGGGCCGGUCCACUGUCCCUCAGACCUUGUGGGGGGCCCGCCUAUAUUUGGGGGGGAGGAUGAACGAAUUCCUAUGCCCCACAAAUAACCCAGAGAUGCAUUUUAAAUAAAAGCACACAUUCUACUCAUGUAAAAACACCAGGCAGGCCCCACAAAUAACCCAGAGAUGCAUUUUUUUAAAAAGGACACAUCUACUCAUGUAAAAACACACUGAUUCCCGGACCGUCUGCGGGUUGGAUUUAGAAGGUGAUUGGGCCGUAUCUGGCCCCCGGGCCUUAGUUUGCCUACCCAUGGCAUAGACCAUAUUAUGCUAGGCGGGCAAAUAAUCUCCAGUACAAAGCAUACUGUAGGGAAGGAGACAUAGGCUCACCGGUAGAGCAACGUCGUUUGCUUGCAGAAGGUUCAGUCCCCGGCAUCUCCAACUAAGUCUGGCAAAGACACCUGUCUGAAGCCCUACCAGUCAGUGUAGGCAAUAGCUGACACCCCUCUUUCUGGAGAGGCACACCUUGUAGAAUUACAGUGCCUGCUGUGGCUGUAGGGAUCGAUAUGGAGGAGAGGCAAUAGUGUGGUACAGCAGUAAAACCGCUAGCACAUUUGCAAAGCUAAGCAGGGUCCAGUAUGGUUUCAAAUUGGAUGGGGGAAUGCAUGUUAAGAUUCCUGUAUUAUAGGGGUUGGACUAGAGGACCCUUGAGUUCCCUUCCAACUCUGUGAUUCUAGGAAUACUGAGCUAAAUGGGCCAGUUGCCUGAUGUUGCAUAAGGCAGGUUCCUGUAUUGCUGCCUCACCCGCCAAUUAACUGCUAGAAAAUCGUACUACUUCCUGCUCUUAAAAGUUCAGCUAUUUUGAAUGCUGAAAGCAAGGUGGCCUCCAGUUUGUAGGCAACUCUCAGAAAUUUGGGGAAGUUUGGGAUAAAGUAUACUGACUUUUUUUUUUUAAAGGAUGUUGGAAUUGAUGCUUUGGUGCAUGUGCUUGGAAAAUUCCUGGGGCUGAAAAGAUUUAAGCUGUCAUCUUAUAGAUGCUGUUUGGGAAGUACCGUAUUUUUUGCUCUAUAAGACUCGCUUUUUCCCUCCUAAAAAGUAAGGGGAAAUGUGUGUGCGUCUUAUGGAGCGAAUGCAGGCUGCGCAGCUAUCCCAGAAGCCAAAACAGCAAGAGGGAUUGCUGCUUUCACUGCGUAGUGAUCCCUCUUGCUGUUCUAGCUUCUGAGAUUCAGAAUAUUUUUUCUUCUUCUUUUCCUCCUUCAAAAACUAGGUGCGUCUUGUGGUCUGGUGCCUCUUAUAGAGCGAAAAAUACGGUAAGUCCUACCUAACACAGUAGGACUUGCUUUCAAGGCAAUGCGUGUAAGAUUGCACCACUGGGCUUUUUUAUGGGUUCCAUGGAAUGCUCUUAAACUGUUUGGAAAUAUAAGCAGAGGUUUAAAACUCCUUGUUCUAUUCAGGUUUUGCUGCCACUGCUCCAGUGAAGUCAUAUGACGUAAGAAGAGUCGAAAUAACACCACUGGAGCAAAGAAAACUCACUUUUGACACCCAUAAUCUAGUGCGUGAUCUAGAGGCACACGGUGAGCAAAGGGCGUGAUCAAACAACAGUGCAAAUUGAGCAAUGGUGCUUAAACCUACAAGGAUUCCUCAAAUCAGUUUCCCUGAAUGUCUAGCUUUCUGUGUGCAGGGAUCUUUUGUGCAUGAAGGAGCAAUUGGUUUCACCAGCUGCUCCUUUUCUGCAGCCUGAAUUGGUACAAACUUCUCAGUAGAAAUUGAGCCACAGGCUCCAGCAUGGAAGUCAGGUUUUGCCUCUACCCCAGAUUUAUCUGAAGGCAGGAAUAUUUGAUCUAGAGCUGAGAUGGGGGAGCCUUUUGCAGCUUGGGGGACACAUUUUCAUCUGGGAAGCCUUCAAGCCAACAUGGCCAGUGUUCACAUGAGAGAUGUAGUACAAUGCCCAGAGGACCACUGAUUCCCCAACCUUUCCUUUAGGAAAACUCCCCCUUUUACAUGUUGCACUUUUAUCUACCCUUGCAGGGUUUGGGAAAGAGCAAGCCGAAACCAUUGUGGCGGCAUUAACGUCCUUGUCCACUCUCAGCUUGGAUACAGUCUACAAAGAUAUGGUGACGCAGGCUCAGCAGGUGAGAAGAGGUCUUUGCCCCAUUCCCUGCCUUGGCACUGAGAAGAUGUCAGGGAAGGCUCUGUAGGCAGACCUUGCUAGGGAAAAGGCGUUCUGCAAACAGGGAGCUGCAACAGAGAAGUCCCUCUCCCUUGUCAUCAUCACUCUCCAAGCCACUUGCAAUAUAUAUAGAUGUAAAGGUAACGGGACACCUGACCAUUAGGUCCAGCUUUGGGGUCAUGUGUCCAGCAUGACUAAGCCGCUUCUAGCGAACCAGAGCAGCGCACGGAAACACCGUUUACCUUCCCGCCGGAGCGGUACCUAUUUAUCUACUUGCACUUUGACGUGCUUUCAAACUGCUAGGUUGGCAGGAGCAGGGACUGAGCAAUGGGAGCUCACCCCGUCACGGGGAUUCAAACCACCGACCUUCUGAUCGGCAAGUCCUAGGCAAGUCCACAGCGCCACCCACGUCCUUGGACAUAGAUAUGAAUAAAAUAUAGUUUCUGGAAAUCUUGCCUUCUUCCCAGUAUAAUAAUAGGGGUUAUAAAAGAAACAGAUCAGCGUUGUCCCUUUAUUGUCCAGAUUUCACUGAUGCGCUGGGCACACUUAAAGAAAAGCUUCCUAGGAUCUGUCCAAAUACAUACAUGGUAGAAGGAUCUGGAAGUUUCCUUUUUGUUUGCAAACGCUUUUCUGUUUGUUUGCAAACUACUCCUAAGUGAACAUGCCUUACUGGGUUCUGACACAGAGCAACAGUUUUGGAGGAAACUUCGCAAGAGCCCUGAACCAGGCGUGGAUUCUAAAACAUUGUUGUUCCACAAGCAUGAAUUUAUUUCUCAACCCAAACUAGGAAGCCCUGUGGCCUGCAAGGUUGCAGUUCCAACAGUUCUGAAGCUUUUACCGGGAUUUUUAAAAAUUCAUGACAGAAAAAGGAAUGCCGUACUCGUUUUGGAAUUGUUGUUAUUUGAGGAGCAAAGGCCCAAAGCCAACAGUGAGACUUCUCUGUGCUUUUCCUUAGGGGGGGGAAUGGAAUAUUUGCUAGAAUUGAGAAGGCCACAUUCACACUAUAAAGCUAAAGCGGUCAUAGCAUUUAAGCUGUCAUGGCUUCCUUGAAAUAAUUCUGGGAGCUGUAGUUUGCAAGGAUGCUGAGAGGUGUUAGGAAACACCCUGUUCCCUCUUAGCUACAGUUCCCAGAGCUCCCUGUGAAGAGGGAUUGAUUGUUCAACCGCUCUGGGAACUGUAGCUCUGAGAGGAAUAGGGGUCUGCUAGCAACUCUCAGCACCCUUACAGCUCCCAGAAUUCUCUGGGGGAAGCCAUGACUGUUCAAAGUAGUAUCAUGGUGCUUUACAUGUGUGGCGUGACUGACCUAGAGCUUCCUGCUCCCUUCAAGUGCAGUGGUGCUGUGUAUCAUUCUGCGGCCUGCCUUUUGACACCCAGUAGUCUAGGCCUGAGGGACGCGGGUGGCGCUCUGGGUUAAACCACAGAGCCUAGGACUUGCCGAUCAGAAGGUCAGCAGUUCGAGUCACCGCAAUGGGGUGAGCUCCCGUUGCUCAGUCCCUGCUCCUGCCAACCUAGCAGUUCAAAAGCAUGUCAAAAGUGCAAGUAGAUAAAUAGGUACCACUCCGGCGGGAAGGUAAACGGUGUUUUCCGUGCGCUGCUCUGGUUCGCCAGAAGCGGCUUAGUCAUGCUGGCCACAUGCCCCGCAAGCUGUACGCCGGCUCCCUCGACCAAUGAAGCGAGAUGAGAGCCGCAACCCCAGAGUCGGCCAUGACUGGAAUUAAUGGUCAGGGGUCCCUUUACCCUUUUAGUCUAGGCCUGAGAUUUAAAGUCCUGCUUUCAGUGCAUAUUUUCAGUGCAUAGCUACAGACGUCUCCUUGGCAACCACUUCUGAAGGGUUUCCCAGUUUCCGGGGUAAUUACAUAGGAACGUGGGAAGCCGCCAUGUCCUCAAGUCAGACCAAUGGUCCCUCAAGCUCCAUAUUGUCUUACAGCAGGGGUAGUCAAUGGGAUGCCUUCCAGAGGUUGCUGGACUACAACUCCCAUCAUGCUUUUUAUGCUCACAGAGGGUGAUGGGAGUUGUAGCACAGCAAAGCCCUGGCCUCAAACGGAAACGCAGGCUGCCCACCCCCAAAGUUAUAAACCGAGUUAAUGGGUGAUCUUUGCCGAGAAAACUCUGGGCAAAAGAUCCCUACCCCUGAAUUAAAAUUUAAUUUUCUACAAAAAGAAUUGGAAAUGUUUCAAAAAGCCUUGGAGCAUCUGUGUAGGUCUUUUUUUUUCUAUUUAGGAAAUAACUCUGCAGCAGUUAAUGGCUCAUCUCGACUCCAUCCGAAAAGACAUGGUCAUUCUUGAGAAGAGUGAGUUUGCCAACUUGAGAGCAGAGAAUGAGGUAAUUUCCUCCAAUAAAGCAAUUUACUCUGUCACCCUUCCUUUCUCUUCAUUUACUUAAGGCUGCUCAUCUGCAAAGAAAAUGCAGCAAUUGGCCUUGUUGUGUUUUAGUAGCAACAUUUAGUUCUUCAGAAAUGACAAAUAAUACGGGAAGCCCACAACUUACAUUCUAGGGGUCGUGCCUAAAGCCAAAAUCAAAUAUAGUCAAAACCCAAAGGGUUUCAACCUUUCUGGGUCUACGGCUCCCUUGACCAACUACAUUCUCUUUUUUUUCUUUUUCUGUUAUAAACUUUUAUUGGUUUUUCACAAUUUUAUACAUUUUAACUUUAACCAUUUCAAACGUUAAAAUAAAAGGUUCCUUUGAACCUUCGGACCUCCUUCCCUCCCUCCACGGGUUCUAUAUUUAAGAUUAAAUUUUCUGCAUCUUUCACCAUUAUCCAUCUGUCUAUCCAUAGUUACCAUCAUGAAUACCACAUUACAAGUGUCAUUACAUCCCUGCCCAUGAUUUUAACUGUUUACAGUGGUCUUUUAAAUAAAAUUACCGUAUUUUUCGCCCCAUAGGACGCACUUUUUCCCUUCCAAAAAUGAAGGGGAAAUGUGUGUGCGUCCUAUGGGGCGAAUGCAGGCUUUUGCUGAAGCCUGGAGAGCGAGAGGCAUCGGUGCGCACCGACCCCUCUCGCUCUCCAGGCUUCAGGAAGCUAUCCGCAAGCCUUGCAAGCCCGGCGGGAGUUCCCGCGGGCUCACAAGGCUUGCGGGCAGCAGCCUGCAGCCCCGGUGAGUGUCCGCAAGCCUUGCGCGCCCAGCAGGAGGUCCCGCCGAGCGCGCGAGGCUUGGGGCGGCAGCCCGUGCUUCGGGCGAGUGUCUGCAAGCCUCGCGCACCCGGCUUGGGGCGGCAGCCUGCAGCGGGGGGGGGGGGGGGGAAUAAAUUUUUUUUAUUCAUUUCUCCCCCCCCAAAAAACGAGGUGCGUCCUAUGAGCCGGUGCGCCCUAUAGGAUGAAAAAUAGGGUACUCCAGUCUUUUAAAAAUACUUGAUCUUCCUGGUUUCGAAUCUUCCCCGUCAGUUUCGCCAUCUCUGCAUACUCCAUCAGUUUCAUCUGCCGUUCUUCUUUUGUUGCUGCUUCUCCUUUCAUCUCUGGGCCAGCUACAUUCUUGCUUUGGCACCCCUGUGGGGCUCAGGAGCCCAGUAACGUCACCCCUUGCCUGCAGAGCUGGCAGCCUCUCACCCUUUUUCGGACACCCUCCCUUGGGGAGUGUUCCCUCAGCCUCCUCUCCUCUCUCUUCUCCUUGUGAGUCCUCUGGGCAGCUGCUGCCGCAACCCCUGGUCACUGAGCUGCCCUCCCCCCCUCCCAUAAUUUAUUUAUACCUCUCCCAUCUGGCUGAGUUUCCCCAGCCACUCUGGGCGGCUCCCAAUCGAGUGUUAAAAACAAUACAGCAUUAAAUAUGAAAAACUUCCCUAAACAGGGCUGCCUUCAGAUGUCUUUUAAAGAUAAGAUAGCUGCUUAUUUCCUUCACAUCUGAAGGGAGGGCGUUCCACAGAGCAGGCACCACUACGGAGAAGGCCCUCUGUCUGGUUCUCUGUAACUUGGCUUCUCGCAAUGAGGGAACCGCCAGAAGGCCCUUGGCACUGGAUCUCAGUGUCCGGGCUGAACGAUGGGGGUGGAGACGCUCCUUCAGGUAUACAGGACCGAGGCCUCUCCACCAAAGGGAGGUGCCUCUUCACACUGCCCCCCAGGGGCCUGCUGUUGUCCAUUCCCAACAGCAAGGGCUGGCGGACUGGCAACCAGCACCCCCUGACCAGCCCCAGAGGCACCAUUCGCCUGGACAGCUUGUAGCCAGGGCUGGUGCAACAAACAGCCAUACAAGGCUUUGGGAGACAGAGAUGUGAGAGGGCAUCAGAGGAGGGAGGGAAGGAAAGAGGGACAGAGGCAAGUGUUGCCCGCGGCACCCUAGGGUGCCACGGCACACUGGUUAAAAUCCACUGGUCAAAACCCAUUUGGUUCAAUGGCGGGUGGGAUUGCCAAAGUCAUUUUCCCCAGAACUCCACCUACUUUCCGACUCUUUUAAAUUGGUUACGGUUGUGUUUUUUUUGCCAUACACAUAAAGCUGAAUGUGCACAAGUUAAAUUGGGGAUUCCUGUAUAGCAAAAGAGGUGUUAUAAAAUGCAAGCUCUCCUUUUGCAGUGACAGUUUUACAGAUCCUUUUGCAAGUUACACUCUUCUUGGUGAAGGGACUGGUCUUAUGCUUUUAUGGUGUUCCGGGUUAAACCACAGAGCCUAGGGCUUGCUGAUCAAAAGGUCGGCGGUUUGAAUCCCCGUGACGGGGUGAGCUCCCGUUUCUUGGUCCCUGCUCCUGCCAACAUAGCAGUUUGAAAGCACAUCAAAGUGCAAGUAGAUAAAUAGGUAUCACUCUGGCGGGAAGGUAAACGGUGUUUCCAUGUGCUGCUCUGGUUCGCCAGAAGCGGCUCAGUCAUGCUGGACACAUGAUCUGGAAGCUCCCUCGGCCAGUAAAGCGAGAUGAGCGCCACGUCCCCAGAGUCGGUCACGACUGGACCUAAUGGUCAGGGGUCCCUUUACCUUUAAUAAGAUGCAUGGUUCGUCAUUUUCUGGUGUUUUAAUCAAACCCUUCUCUAAAUCAGUUUUACCCUUUGGAUGCUACCCCAUAUUCUUACGGUCACAAGAAGCCAGCCAUUCCUAUAUAUACACUGUCAUGGGAGUUAAUUCCAAUGAAUUGCUUAUGAGUUUUGCCUUUAUGCUUUCAUAAUUUGAUGUCUUCCACGCAACAUGGAAAGUUGUUGCCAAAUCUUCACACACACACCCCAUUGCUAUAAGCAUUUUACUUUUCAUUUUUCUUAAUUAAGCAUCUCCUGACUUGGGUUGUUUUCCUCUCCCUCCCCCCACCCCAAUCUUUCUUGAUACCCAGAAAAUGAAGAUUGAAUUGGAUCAAGUUAAACAGCAGCUAAUGGUAAGUGGGCAAGCUUCCGGAGUGGGAGGGAGGAUAAUAGGCCAUUUCUGAGGACAACUUCUUUUUAAGGGUACUUUUUGGUGUCUUUCCUUUUAAGAAUGAAACCAGCCAUAUCCGAGCUGAAAACAAGCUGGACAUAAACUUGGAGCGAAGCAGAGUGACCGACAUGGUGGGCAAUUAUUUUCAUUAUUGCACCCCUUCCUUCCUUCUUGGCUCCAGCUUUCCUGAGAAUUGACAAUUUCAUAUAUUGCUCUUUUUCUUUUUAAAACGUUCCAGUUCACAGAUCAGGAGAAAAAGCUCAUGGAAGCCACAACAGAGUUUCAUAAAAAGGCAAGUCUUUGAGGGGUCUCUCUCUCUCUCUCUCUCUCUCUCUCUCUCUCUCUCUCUCUCUGUGUGUGUGUGUGUGUGUAUUUACACUUAAAUUGUGCCUUCCAUUGAAAGCUCUCAGGUUUCCAGAGGUCUCCCAUCCAGACAUUGAUCUGAGCCACCUCAGCAUAAUUCCGGCCUCAAAAGCUUGCAUGCCAUUCGCUGAGCCCUCUAAAAACCAGCCUGUAUGUUACCUUGGAGCCAGUGAAGGCUGGACCAUUAGGACAAAGAAACCACUGCCCCACCCAUCUCAGUGUGCCCACACCCAGGACCCACUUUCCUGCUUUCUUACUCACAUCCAGCCCAGAGGGUGGUCCUCACUGUCGGUUUCCUCCGCCUUAAGUCUCAGUGUCGCCCUUGAAGAACUCAGCAGGGAGGAGGAUGUGGGGGGAGACAGAAGUUGGGUACCACCUACUUCCGACCCUACCUCCCUGCCUUACACUAAUAAUAAUAAUAAUAAUAAUAAUAAUAGUAAUAUUUUUUAUUUAUAACCUGCCCUUCCCGGUUCAAAAACCGGGCUCAGGGUGGCUAACAACAAAUUUAAAACACUUAAUUAUAAAAGCAGCAUAAAAUACAGUAUAAAAACAUGAAUAACAAUAAAAUUCAAAAAUCAAGCAUUAGAUAAUCCCCAGGGCUAGCUGGCUGAAUUGGUCCUAACUUAGGCCAGCGAGGAGGCCUGGGGAGAAUUAGCUGUGGGGUCUCAGAGUGGGUGAUCUUCAUAAAAGGGGAGGGGAAGGGAAAUAAAAGAUCAGGCUGAAUUCAAAUUAAAGGCCAGGUGGAAUAGCUCUGUCUUACAGGCCCGAUGGAAGGAGGUUAAAUCCUGAAGGGCCCUAGUCUCAUGGGAAAGAGCAUUCCACCAGGUCGGAGCCAUCACUGAAAAGGCCCUGGCCCUGGUGCAGUUGCAUUUUUGGAGCUCCUGAGACAACUUUUUAUUUUCUGAAAGCAGUUUCAGGCAGUCAGUUUGCACCAGGGCGAGCACAGCCCAAAAGGGUAAAGGCCUGCCAUGUUUUGUUUUGUUUUGUUUUAAUAUAUUUAAAAGACAGAUAGGAUAAAAGUGGUUUUUUUGCCUGGCCUGAAAAGGAUAAUAAACAUUGGCACCAGGUGGGUUUCGCAGGAGAAGGAAUUGUACAAAUGGGGCCAACACUGAAAAGGUUUUUUCUCUCUCUCUCUGGCCUUAUCUCCAAUGGAAAGCAUCGCUUGCCUUGUUCCCUUCUAGGAUUCGAGCACCAACAGUUCCGUUACGGAAGUCAGCAAUAAAAUCGAUGCCGAAAUUGCAGCCCUGAAAACACUCAUGGAAUCGAACAAGCUAGAAACGAUACGCUAUUUGGCAGGUAUGUGGCUGGGCUGUUGAAAAAUCACGUUCCAGAAGAGUAAAACGUAUAAAGCCAGGAUGCCUAAAAGCCUUGUCCCACCCUUUAUGCACCCAGCCCAACACAGUUAUUUUCUUAGGAGGCCUAUCUUGCAUGAUGUAGGAACCGGGCCUUUCUUGUGGUGGCUCCUGCCUUUGGAGCUGCCUCCCAUUACACCUCAGACAGGCACCUUCUCUGCUGCCUUUUUGGCACCCACUGAAGAUCUUUUAGGUGGAGAUCUUCGUCCCGGUCUCUAUUGGGUUUGAAAUUGCUUUUAACAUACAAAAUGUUCUUUUAAUUGUUUUUUUGUAAAUGGAGUUGCUUUUCUUGUUGGUGUUUUUGCAGUGAAAGCACUUAGCUGUGAUUCCUGCAUUGCAGGGGGUUGGACUAAAUGGCCCUUGGGUGUCCCUUCCAGCUCUGCAGUUCCAUGAUUCUAUUAUUUUGCUUUCUGGGAAGCCAGCCAGCUACCUGUAGCCACUUGGAGCCUCUGCUUAAAUCACUAUGGAGGUUUCGAGAUUCCUUUUUAAAGUUUUAAGCGGUGUUUACAUUCAGUUAAUCAAUUAAUUAAUAGGAGAUGUUGCGAGGAGUCGGACUAUGAACCAUUUACAGUUGAACCUCGGUUUUCGAAUGUCUCAGAAGUUUAAUGUUUCUAACGCCGAAAACCCGGAAGUAACUGCUUCGGUUUUUGAACUCUUUUUGGAAGCCGAACGUGCCACACGGCUUCCGUAUUGAGUUUUCCGUAAGCAAAUGCUUCCGGAAAUGCCUGCUUCGAUUUUCAAAUGUUUUGGAAGUCGAACGGUCUUCCAGAACGGAUUACAGUGGUACCUCGGGUUACAAACACUUCUGGUUACAGACUCCACUAACCCGGAAGUAGUACCUCAGGUUAAGAACUUUACCUCAGGAUGAGAACAGAAAUCAUGCAUCGGUGGCAGCAGCGGCAAGCCCCAUUAGCUAUAGUGGUACCUCAGGUUAAGAACAGUUUCAGCUUAAGAAUGGACCUCCGGAACGAAUUAAGUUCUUAACCUGAGGCACCACUGUAUGUCAAAAACGGAGGCUCCACUGUAAUAUUUUGGCGAGUAGCAAAAAACAGCAACUUGUGCAUAGCUUAAAACCCUUUUGAGAUGCUUGACACAAACUUACUCUUUUCUUUUUCUCUGUGUGUGGCUUUUUGUAUUUAUUUACAGCCUCUGUAUUCACUUGUCUUGCCAUCGCCCUGGGAUUCUACCGAUUCUGGAAAUGAAAAAGCCAGCCUCCGGGAACAAGGGACAGAACAAGCGCUUUUCUGAUUUGAAUCGACACCAUGCUUGGAUGACACAUCUCUGGCAGACUCUUUCAAAGCCUUUUGUGUUGGGUAUUGGUUUUUAAACACAUAACCGGGGUGGGGGGGGGGGAGUGUUUUCUACAGGCACAGCAGUCUGAGCAAAACCUGACCUAGUUUGCAUCUCUCAGGGCUGGUUUGGUGCUCCCACAUACUCAAAGCCAAAAGAUCUAUGGGUGGGACAUUUUUUUAUAAAAAAAAGAAAACCAAAAAAGAAGACGCUUAUUUGAUGGAGAGAUUGCUAUGCCCAUUGUCAUCAUUAUGUAUGUUUUUCUGACACCCUCCCAGGUGGAAGGACUAUAGCUCAGCGGUAGAGAUUCUGCUUUGCAUGCAGAAGGUUCCAGGUUCAAUCCUCGACAGUUAGGGCUAGAAAAAGCUCCCCUGCCGGUAACUUUGAACAGCCACUGCCGGUCAGUGUGGGCAGUAUUGGGCUACGGGGCUCAAACAGUCUGACUCAGUAGGUAUAGCUUUCUGUGUUCCUAGGAGGUGGAUCCCGCUAGUUCCUCUUGGCCUGAGCAGUAGAGAAAUGACCUCACAACCCAAUUUGAUGGGGAACCUACUGUCAGGAGCUGGAGUCAGGGGCAGGUCAGCAAAAAUACUGGUGUGGUGUGAAGUUAACUCUUCAUUCAAAGAAACCAAAACAGCACAGGCCUAGUGAUGCUAGCAACUCUUCCCAGUAGCAACUCAAUGAGGCAGUUGCGAGGACUAAAGGUCCCCACAGCUGCCUAUGUCCCCUUCUCUCCUGGGUUUUUUCCCAAGCAACUAGAAAUGGCGUCUGCGCACAACCAAUCUCUCCUCUUUUCAUUUCUCUGUGUGUUCUGGGAGACCAGGGGAGGGGGGAGCUGGUCAUAGCAGGAGGGGAAAACCCCCUGGAUUCUUCAGCAGCCUGCCUCAUCUCUGCCUCCUGCCCUCAGUCCUCUCCAACCUCUGCUUUGGCCUCUGAGCCCGGACUGCUCUCUGCCACAGCCUCUUCCUGCUCACUAAAGCCUGUGCCCCUUCAGCUUCCAACAUUUGACACUCCCUCCAGGCCUUGCACUGCCUUCCCAAAGCCAAGUAAGCGAGGCGCUGGGCCAGGGGUCGGCAAUCUAAGGUCCAUGGGCCACAGUCAGCCCAUGGGGGUCGUUUAACCGGCCCAUGGAUCCCUGCUGCCCUCUCGGUCGGCUCCCGUGCACCGCGCUGAACCGGUGCGGAGCAGAGCAGGGACUGCUUUCUGUGCCGCUGGCCGGCUUCCCAUUGGCUGCAGGAAGGUCCUGCAGCGAAUGGGAAGCUGCACACACCGGAAGGAGCGCCAGAAAUAGCAUUUGCGCACUCCAGCCCACCGCGGCGUCUGCGGGACUGUGAACUGGCCCAAGCCACAAAAACUGCCAACCCCUGCACUGGACUUUGGAAAGGAGGCUCACGGGCUCUGACAGGCAGCUAGAGUCUUCCCACCUCCUUCCCAAAGCCUAGCUUUCAGUUUCUCAUUUUGGAUGUCGGAGGAGCGGGCCUGUAUAAAGCUUUACUUUUUCUUCUAAAUAACGGAAAAAAUAAAUGCAUACUCAACCGCAAGACAUUGACUAUUGCAUUUUUUAGCUCUAUAAAACUCUC